AUCGCUCCUUACUACAAGUCAUUUUAAAAAAAAAAAAAAAAGAACGUGUCUCGCUUGUAUGUAUCCUGUCACAUGAUCGUGGUAAUAGGAUCCCUAACCCAGUCCCUUCAAGCCCGUCUGGUUAUUUGGAAGUGACUGCAGUUGCCGUGAAACGUCUGUAGGGUUCCCCUUAUCCUAUACCCUCACUCUCAUACAGCCCAGAAUAUAAGGCAUCCCCGAAGCCCAGCCAGUCCCUCGUAGGAGCUGAGGAAAUGAACAACCUGCUACAUCCAGGGGGAUCCUGUGCCUAAACCUGUCACUCCCCUCUUGCAGCCACAUCUCCAGCUCAGCCCAGCCGGGGUGAUGGAUAUUUGGACAAUUUCAAUGAGAAUUCUGCUGCUCCCCUCAGCACUGGUGCUCUGCUCUGAUCCCUUCCAUUCUGAGUGCUACACUGUAAACGGGGCUGAUUACAGAGGGACACAGAACCAGACAUCACUAGAUGGUGGGAAGCCUUGCCUCUUCUGGAACGAGACCUUCCAGCAUCCAUACAACACCUUGAAAUAUCCAAAUGGUGAGGGAGGCCUGGGAGAACAUAACUACUGCAGAAACCCAGAUGGUGACGUGAGCCCCUGGUGUUACAUUCCAGAGCAAGAAGACGGUGUAUACUGGAAGUACUGUGACAUUCCAACCUGCAGAAUGCCUGGCAACCUGGGCUGCUUCAGAGACCACGGGAACCCCCCUCCUUUGACUGGCAUGAGCGAGACAUCUAAUAAACAGACCAUACAAACCUGCAUUACUAUGUGCCGGAGGCAGCGCUACAAGCUAGCUGGGCUGGAGGCGGGAUUUGCCUGUUUCUGUGGCAACAACGCCGACUACAGGAAGCAUGGAGAGAUGCCCAGUACAGACUGCAACAGUGUUUGUUUUGGGGAUCACACACAGCCAUGUGGAGGGGAUGGGCGCAUCAUCCUCUUUGACUCCCUGAUUGGAGCUUGUGGUGGGAAUUAUACCAUGAAUUCUGCAGUUAUUUACUCACCGGAUUUCCCUGACUCUUACGGGUCUGGAAAGGCCUGCUACUGGACAAUUCAGAUUACGGGCGCCUCUCUUAUCCGGUUUAACUUCACUUUCUUCGACAUCAAAGACUCCAGAGAUAUGGUGGAGAUAUUAGAUGGGUACACCAAGCAAGUUCUGAUACGCUUCGAUGGCAGGAACCACCCAACACACUCCUUCAACGUCUCCCUGGAUUUUGUCAUCUUAUAUUUCUUCUCUGAUCGUAUUAACCAGGCACAAGGAUUUUCUGUAGUAUAUAAAGCUUUCAAGGAGGAAACCAUAGAGAAAGCCAACACCUCCAGCAAUCAGACCCAGACAGAACUGAUCACUCAGACCACCAACCUCAGUAUUAAUGCAGCUCGCUCUUCAAAGAUCCUCUAUGUUAUAACAACCAGUCCUAGCCGACCAAGCGGCCACAUGCCAGGCUGGACAGUCUAUGCACUUACAGGCCUCUUCAUUUUGACCAUCAUUGCUGUUUUGGCAAAAGCACUUUUACAUAUAUCAAUGAAGUCGGACAGGUUGGCAUCCUCAUCUAGCCUGGACAGUUGCCACAGAGGUUCAGCAGGAGAAAUCUGGAGCAUAUUCUACAAGCCAUCCACAUCUAUUUCUAUUUUCCCAAAGAAAUUAAAGGGUCAGCAUGAUGACCGCAAUCCUUUGGUAGGAGAAUAAGUUCUGUUGGAGGAUUUUUAGUAUUGCUGGGCUUCCCGGGGAAAUUUCCUGCCAUGCCUGAGCUUAGACAUCUUUCAUAACAGACCAUGAACAACAGAUGUCAGCAGACUAGUAGUUUCCUGGCAUUGUGACUCAACUUGAGAUGUUCCUACUGUGGCACCUUCAUACAGGACAAUUCCCCACAAAGAGGAGGAUGAGAUAAGUUUGCUGGUGCUGCUGAAUUAGGAAACACCCCUAUGUAGCCUCUAAUUCAGGACAUAGACAACAUGUGGUUUGUAUUGGGAUGGAACCACAGCUUAAUGCUGCAAGCGUUACAUGCAAUCAUCCCUGCUCUGUGCAGCGGGGUAUCCCAUAUAUGACAUGAUGAUGGACUUGCCUUCAGCUCCUACUUUUUAUAUUGUAUUUAUGAACUGACAGCUCUUAAAGGAGCAACGGAGGCUGUCCAGUUUCCUCAUAAUCUACUUCAUCAAGAGCUACUGCGAUGGAGUUUUGAACUGUGCAAAUGUGCAUAUGAUGUUCCACUGAGCAAACAAAAACCUUAUGAAAUAUACACAAAUCAAAGCUUCAGCCAUCUUACUAUGAGCCAAACUACAACAGGUUUCCCAUCAUUCCCAGAGUUUACACUGUCUGAUAUUGAAUGAAUGCUGAGCGAGGGACUGAAGCUUCAGGAGGACCUGCAUGAAAUGGGUCUCAGUGUUUAUGGGGCCAAUAUGUUCAUUAGAGCCGUGUGAUUGAGAGUUGCAUAUCCGUAUCCAUUAACGAUAAUUGUGCUCUUUAUCUGGAUUCAUUCUCUUACACAAGCCUUCGUCUUUUUAAUUGAAUAUGUGGAAGCGGUUUUUCAGCUUGUUCCAUAAAAUAUGCUCCGAA